AGUUGUAGUCAAUGUUUAGAUUUUAAACAAGUCCUUCAUUGUUUACAUUAAAUUUUACCUUUUUUGCUUAUAUAAUAAUGUCAAGUUCCAAGAGAGAACAUACUGAAAGUGAUAAUGAGGACGAUUGGGUUGGACCAUUACCUUCAGAAGCAGCGCCUCAAAAAAAACUAAAAGUUCUGGAAUAUGAGCAGGUUUAUAUAGACAACUUACCAUAUUGUGAAUGUUAUGAGAAGUCAUAUAUGCAUAGAGAUGUAAUUACUCACAUCUUGGUGACGAAAUCAAAUUUUGUGAUAACGGCAAGUUGCGACGGACAUGUUAAAUUUUGGAAGAAACAAGAAGAGCUCAUCGAAUUUGUGAAACAUUUUCGUGCACAUUUAAUGGCUAUACACUCAAUGGCAGCUAGCUGUAAUGGUGUUCAUGCGUGUACAGUUAGUUUAGAUAAAACAAUCAAGAUUUUUGAUGUUAUUAAUUUUGAUAUGAUUAAUAUGAUCAAACUGGAUUUUAUACCUCUCUGCUGUGAAUGGAUAUAUUCACCAGGGGAUGCAAUAUCUGCUGUAGCAAUUUCUGUGCAAGAUUCAAAUCAAAUUUUUAUUUACGAUGGACAAGGGACUGGAACACCACUACAUGUCUUUGAAAAACUACAUACUAAACCUGUUGUUGCUAUGAAAUACAAUCCUGUAUAUGAAACAUGUAUUUCAGUGGAUAAAGCAGGCAUUUUGGAGUAUUGGACAGGACCUAAAGUGGAAUACAGAUUUCCUAAAUGCGUUACAUUUGAAUCAAAGCUGGACACAGAUCUGUUUGAAUUCGCAAAAAAUAAGACCUAUCCAUGUGGCUUAGCAGUAUCACCAGAUGGCAAAAAGUUUGCUUCUCUCAGUGGGGAUAGAAAAGUCAGAGUCUUUAAUUUUCGUACUGGAAAACUGUAUAGGGUGUUUGAUGAAACGUUACAAAGAUUUUCAGAGUUGCAACAGAUGACACAACAGUUACCAAACAUGGAAUUUGGUCGAAGAAUGGCAGUUGAAAGGGAAUUGGAUAAAACAGAAACAAACUUGGGUAAUAUAGUAUUUGACGAAUCUGGAUACAUGAUUUUGUAUAGCACAAUGUUAGGUGUAAAAAUUGUAAAUUUAUAUACAAAUCGUUGUGUUAGAAUUAUGGGAAAACCUGAAAACAUUCGUCCGAUGCAAUUAGCCCUGUUUCAGGGGAAAGCAAGGAAAUCAGUUGCUGUAACCGUAGAAAUGGAAGCUUCAGAAAAUCCAACGUUGGAAAUGAACCGUCCUGAUCCCACACUUUUCUGCACAGCUCAUAAAAAAAAUAGAUUCUAUAUGUUCUCAAGACGAGAGCCAGAAGAUACGAAAAGUCAAGAAUGCGAUAGAGAUGUUUUCAACGAAAGACCAUCCAAAGAAGACAUUAUUUCUUCUACAGAAGCGACCAAUAUGCAAAAGAUAUUCGACACCGCUAUUAUUCACACAACGCUUGGAGACAUUCAUAUGAAUUUGUUCGGCAAGGAUGUUCCAAAGACAGUAGAGAAUUUCUGUGUCCAUGCAAAAAAUGGCUAUUACAAUGGACAUAUAUUCCAUAGAGUAAUUAAAGGAUUUAUGAUUCAAACCGGUGAUCCUACCGGUACUGGUACUGGCGGAGAAAGUAUAUGGGAUGGUGAAUUCGAAGAUGAAUUUAGACCCCAUUUAAAACAUGACAGACCAUAUACUUUGAGCAUGGCAAAUGCGGGGCCAAACACGAACGGCAGCCAGUUCUUUAUCACUUUAACACCGACUCCUUGGUUAGACAAUAAGCAUACAGUAUUUGGCAGGAUAAUAAAAGGAAUGGAGGUUGUACAAAAUAUCAGUCAAGUGAAAACGAAUCCAAAAACUGAUAAACCUUAUGAUGACAUUCGAAUAGUCAGUGUCAGUGUAAAAUAAUGUAUUAAAAUAAAUAUGUAUA